AUGGAAUUUCCAGAAUUGAACAAUGAAGAGCAACCAGAUGAAGAAGAACAGACAUUAACGAUCGAGCCAGAGCUAUAUGAUAUGUAUGAGUAUAAAGUUGAUGAUAGAGAAGAUAUGCUUUGUGUUGAAUUCCCAAUUCCAAAAUCAGUUGAUCCAUCAACAAUCUCAGCUAAAUUAAAUGAUCAGAAAAAUGCAAUUGCAGUCGAAAUUCCUGGAAAAGUUCCAAUUUUCAAAGGAAAACUUCUCGAUACAGUUGAACAACUUCAUACGCAAAUCAUUGACGGACAUUUUGUCAUUAUUCUUACUAAAAGACAAAAAGGUAUUUGGGAAGUUUACAUUGAUGAUGUUUAUCCAGGAACAGAAGAAAUGGAUCCACAAAGCCUUUUGAUUUUAGGCACAAUGCCUAGUUCAAUCCAAGAGGAAGUUAUGAAAUCAUACAGUUACUUGCUCAAAUCAGCCUCUCAUAACUUUGUUCCUGCAAUGUGCCAUUUAGCUAACUUUAUCAUGAAAAUCAACCAAGGAUAUAUGGCCGAAUUUGAAGCCGAAAGACUUCUUAUGACAGCCGUCCAUGAAUACAAAUCACCAAUGGCUAUGGUAAAUUUGGCCGAUUAUUAUUUAAGAAAGAAAGACAGGCCAAUGCUCGCACUUAAAUACUUAGAAGAUGCAAUCUCAAAAGACUACGAAUUAGCCCAUUUAGUUUACGGUUUAGCCUUAUCUCCAAUAUCUGAUUACCGUGGCGUUAAAAAGAAUGCUAAGAUGGCAAUCGAGCAUUUGGAGAAGCUCAAAGAUAAUGCAGACGCUUUACAUCAUAUUGCUAUGCUUUAUUUCAAUGGACGUGGAAAUAAAAGGAAUUUACCAAAGGCAAACGAAUACCAGCAGAAGGCAAGAAAGUUAAACAAAUACGUGGCUCCACUCAGCAUCGUAGAGACUUCUAUGGAGAGAAAGACCAUGUAUGCAAUUAUACUCAUUGUAUUGGCUAUAGCUCUUGGUGUUGGACUUAACGAAUUACUUAAGCGAUAUAAUCUUCUUUAA